GCCCGAACAAAACCACCAACCACCCGUCCAGAUCCACCAAAUACCCGUCGAGAUCCACCAGACAUGCCCGCCAAAUCCGCCGACACUGCCCCCGACGCGCAUUGCGAGAACCACGACCCCAACGCCCUCAUAGACUACGCGGACGCCAUUUCGUACUGGCUGUCUGUGCCGGCGUCCGUCGACGGAGUGCUAGGAGGCUUUGGCGAACAGACGCCGGUGCCGAAGGCCGACAUCAUCGGGUCUGCCACGUUCCUCCGCAAGCUCCAGACGCGCAUGCAGUGCCCCGCCGGGAUGCCGAAGCUCACCAUCGACAUGGGGGCGGGCAUCGGGCGCAUCACGCGAGACUUCUUGUGGAAAGUCAGCGACCGCUGCGACUUGUUGGAGCCGGUCCAGCCGUUUGUGCAGCAGAUGCGCAGCGAGCUUGUGCCCGUGGCGCAGAAGGGCCGGUUGGGCGACAUCUACGACAUUGGCAUGCAAGAGUGGCGGUGCGCCAGCGAGAAGAGGGGCCUGUACUGGUUGGUCUGGUGCCAGUGGUGCGUGGGCCAGUUGCCGGACGAAGAGUUGGUGCGCUUCUGGGCCCGGUGCAGGGAGGCGUUGAUGCCCAACGGCACGUUGAUCGUCAAGGAGAACAUCGCGCCCGUCGACGACAUUUUCGACCCCACGGACCUGAGCGUGACCAGGACGGACGCCAAGUUCAGGCUUCUUUUCCAGAUGGCGGGCUACAAGCUCAUAGCCAGCGACGUGCAGAAGGGCAUGCCGCGCGAGUUGUACCCGGUGAGAAUGUACUGCUUGAAGCCGCUCGAGGGGUAAGCGGACGCUCGGGCCCACUCUGGGGCAGGUGUAUAGAAGGUGACUCUGUUGCGCCAUGCCCACCUGGCGCUGGCCUGCUUUCUGCUCCAGAAUGCACGACUGGCGACAGCGCACAUAGGCGGCUGGCGGGGCCGCGUCAACAGGACACGGAGGAGCAGAGAUGGGCCCUGUGUCCAGCACACUGUUCUGCCAUGGGCGGCCCGGUAUCUUCGUGUGUUGCUGCGGCUGGUGUUUAUACCCAAACGGGUGAUGCAGACCCGCAGACCAUCUUUAUGUAUACUAUGGAAAGCUCUAGAUCUAGCAGGUUGUAUAUAAAACAUAGAUGUCACAUUGUUAAUAUGAAAAAG